GAAUAAGGAACAGUGGAGGGGUGAAUAUUGUCUGUCCGUGUUUCGGUAAAAAUGAAGUGUGUUGUUUGAUUUCAAAAUGAAACGCGAAGGGAAUCAUGGCUAAAACACGAGAGGAAAUAGUGGGCAAACGAUUUCUGAGUGUUUCAAGUGGUUCGAAAUUAAAAUUAUCCAAAAUAAAUGAAUGGGAUUGGCGCGCUGGAGUAAUUAGAGCUUGUACCCAUGCAGAUUCUAAGCAUCACGAUCUACAGGUUUUAGUGGAAUACGAUGACGUUGAGUGGCAGCGCCGUGAAUGGGUACAUGUGUACCGAGGUCAGGUGUUUCAAAUCUUUCUUCUGGAGAGAACCCUGGCUUGGGCCUCCAGAAAACACCCCACCAAAAUCCGCUCGCCUCCCAUCUUGUGGCCAGCCCUCGUGUACAUGCCCCUUGUGGACCAAGCAGGCAUUUCGGAACACAAGUACCGUCCCCGUCGAGUACUUGGUGGACAGAGCGCUGGAUUACCACGACUAUUCCCAGGUCCAGCCUUACCAGGGUGGCGAAGGCGUGUGUUUCCCUGUUGAAGUGGAAGUCAACUGGGUGUCGAAAUGGCAGCCGACUCCACAUUUUGAUUUUCCUCCAAGUAUUUUUCAUCAUAAAGAACAUCAGAAGGACGGCGAUGUUACCGGCCUGUGUGGAGAGGAGUGCGUGCGGGCGGUCCGGGCGUGGGUGGGAGAGCAGGACGGUCAAAGGAUCCUCCUCACCACGCCCUCCGUCUUGGUGGGGUUUCGGGUCCAAGUCUACCGCUCUGAGGGAACGACGCAGUGGUACACAGCAGUCAUCGUGGGAUACAACGAUGCAACCAGAGAGUUGACGGUAACUGACGACACAGUGCUGGAGGAACAUUCGGAGGACCCAAGUUUGGUGCAAAUCCGAUUGAUUGGUGAAGGCGUUGUGGAAUCCAUACUUCGAGGAGAAAAUGUUGGGAUUACCCCGAGACGAUCUCGCACGGCAACCAAUAACCAUCACCAGUCUGGGGUGCGACAUAUCCGGAGAGACGGGGUCGUUCCAGCCCGCGGCCGCAAGAAUUCCCUAACUCGGCCAAACAACCUUCCACCCACAGCCUCUCACACUCUCCCCCCUAACACCGCCCACCACUCACCAUCGGUCAUCACUCAUAGUAUCACGCCCACGACUGCAGCCCAUUCCCUUCCUAAUAACACCUCGUCUUUGUCGUCAUCGAAAUCAUCGUCGUUUUCUUCGUCGUCCUCCUCGCCCUCGUCCUCCUCCAACUCCUCCUCACCCUCACCUUCGUCGUCGUCGUCGUCCUCACAGGAAGAGGAACCCUCCAAAGGACUGGAGAAGCCCCAGCAUCUCUCUCAGUCCAAGACCUCUGGCGGCGACGAUCUCCACCAUCACUUGAAACCUCACAAAGAAGCCGCUACUUCAUCCGCAGAAGAGAAGGAAAAAGAGGACAACUUCGAGAAGGAAGUCCUUCGCAAGGCAUCGCCUAUCCCCCGCCCUUCGAAGGAUCAGCCGAGCAGUUCUUUGUCGUCGGCGAGCUCCUCUUCGUCCUCGGAAGAAACCAAAGACGAAAAGGACCCGCCUUGUCGACGCAAGGAGUCCUCGUCGACGUCCUCGUCGUCGUCAUCGUCAUCGUCACCCUUAUUGCAGAUAAUCAAAGACGCCCCUUCGGGCCAAGUGAAGGGGAAGCCUCCUGAAGGCGAGGAAGAACGAACUCCGAAUAAAAAAGUCAAGGACGAACAUUUGUCGUCGUCCUCGUCCUCCUCCUCCUCGUCCUCCUCACAUCAAAAACCUUCUCCCAAAGAGGAGGUCUCGUCAUCGGCUACAAAAGACCAGCACCUCCCGCAGCCGGUGAAAGAGCAGCCCUUGAGACAGAUCAAGGAGAAGCCGCCCGAAAAGGAACCCGAAAGCAAAACCAGCGACGAUUUCAAGGAGCGAAAGGCUCCCGCCAAGAAAGAUCCCGAAAAUCACCUUCGUAAGAUUAGGGAUCAGCAGACUCCGCAUCAGGUCAAAGUAUUACUCACCCGCCAUAGCAAAAACCAGUUGAGGGAGACCCUGAAGGAAGCGCCCGUGGUCAAGCCGAAAAAGAACGCCGCCUCUGCCGCCGCUUCCAUUGAUGCAGACGAUACAGAAGACGAAAUAGAGAUCGUGAAGGAGAAGAACGCGUGGCAGAAGAAGCAGUUGAUCACCCGUCAGACGAAGGAGAUUUUGACGCGACAGGCCAAAGAGCAACUUUCGCGCCAGACGAAAGUCCUGCUGACGAGAUCCUUCAGCAAAGAUCAGUUUCCUCAGGAAUUCAAGAAGGAAUUGGCAAAGCGUGAUUCGGACAGUGCCCGUCCCAGCUCUCCUUCCCCUCGUAACGUUGACUCACUCAAGGAAAAGUCACCGUCCCAAAAGGACCAACAGUCAGCAAAAACCGCUGCAGAGUUUCCCAAGACUUCUACAGCGGCGAUAACAACCAAAAAGGAAGUCGACGAGUCCGCGACGCUCGCCAAGAAAGAGAAGGAAGAAAACACAUCCGAGUAUCAGAAACAGAAACUCGAGCGGUCGACUUCGUCGUCAACAGCAUCGUCGUCAUCAUCAUCAUCGUCGUCGUCGUCUUCAUCGUCGUCAUCGGAAUCUGAAAAGGAUAACAGCAAUAAAGGGGCGUCGUUUCCGACCAAGAGGAAAGAGUCCUCAUUCUUCCAGCAGUCGAAUAAAGAAAAUCCACCGGUGCACGAGCACAAGAAGGAGGAAAAGGGACCAACGCCGCCGGUAGCAGCAUCAGCAGCAUCAGCAGCUCCGCAAGAGCAGCAGCAGCAGCAGCAGCAUCAUCUCAAAAAAGAAUCGCGUUUCAAGGCGUCAGCCGCGAAGGAAGACCACGGCGUCAAGAAGGAGCCCAAGGAAGAGAGUCUGCCUCCGUCUCAGAUAAAAGAGGAGAAGAGUUGCCCUUCUUCGUCUGUCGAGUGUGAGAACACAAGCAGUACCCCCGUUCCUUCUCCGCCGGUGAAAUUAAAGGAAGCGAAACCGUUAAAACGUACGCUAUCCUCCUCGUCGUCGACGUCUUCAGCGUCGUCCAUAGCGUCCUCGCCGCUGUCGUCAUCGCAGCCGUCUGGGGAACAUCAUCAGCAGCUACGAAAUAAGAAGGACGCGCCGUCGUCUCAUCGCGCCACCAGAGACUCUUCGUCGCAUCGCCAGAAGGAAGACGACAGCAAUUCAGGAAAGUGUGCGAAUGUUGGUGUACGAUGGAAGAAGCGUUGCCAAGGGAGCAUAACAAGUGAAACUUCAUCAGGUGAAGAAGACUCGCAACAGCAGCCACACAGAUCUGCGAGAGAACGAAGAUCAAUUCAUCACACUCCUGAAGCAGUGUCUCGGAUAUUGACGCGCUUGGAGAAACAACAGCAACAGCAGCAGCAACAGCAGCACAGCAUUGAAGAUACCUCCUCAGGGAGCAGUAGCAGUGGCAAUUCGACGCCAGAUCACCGACCAGUGCGGCGACCACAUAGGAAUAGUAAAGUACAAAACCUCAUUACCCCAGGGCAUCUUGAAGCUAAAAUUAGUAUAGGUGGUAGCACUGAUACUGACACCAGUGUGAGUAAUAACAGUAAAAGUGAUACUAAUUACAGUGGCAGCAGUAGUGGUAGUAACAGUGCAAGCAGCACUAGCACCAGCAGCAGCAGCACGCCGGAGCCUGAGUUACCUUCUCGGCCUCCCUCAAGAAGAGUAGCAGCCGCUGCAGCUCUUCGCCAUCAGAAGCCAACUGGCCACAGGCUCAGAGGUAGCAAGAGAGCCAAGAAUACUGGAACGCACCGUACCCGUCAGAGAUGGCGUAGUGUUUCCCCUGUGACGUCGGCUGGAAGCCCAACAGAGCUAAACCAUUCGCGCUCUUCAACUGCUCACUAUGCCACCAAAACUAAGAAUAAUGAUGAAAAUGUGAACAGUGCUGCCAAUUGCGAAGAUAUUGGUACAAAGAGUCAGAAACGCAAAUAUAACAGUCCAAAUCGGUUAUCGACCAAAAACCAUAACUGUAACUCAGGUCGAGAUAUAUUACGAAAUAAAAAAGAUCCUUUGGUUGAAAAGAUACCUCAGCAUUGCCGUAACAACGAAAGUAGGAAAGAAACAUCUGCUCAUGUGUCUGAUUCAGAGUCUGCAGAAGAUCCAAUUGUAGUGGUGUAUGAAAAGACAAACUUUAAAAACAGGAUUGCUAACAACAAAAAAAGUCCCAGUGAUUGUCGUGCUCCCAGUACUAGAAGUAGUUCAUUAAAUGUUACAAAGUCCGUAUCUUCCACUAAAUCGCUUACCCCUGUAUCAUUAAGCAGGAAUGAAAUAUCAGAAAGAAUAAUUAAGCAUAAUAAAACACCUGAAAGUGAACAACUUUCCCGAACAUCAUCAGCUAGAACUGGCUUAGAUGAUAAACAGUCCACUGCCAGCAACGAGUCAAACCGAAGGGAUAUCUCUGAUCUUGCUAUUAUAAGAACGGAUGCCCCAACCGAUGUUAAAGAUUCAUCCUUGUUAAAAGGGUCGCCAGUGAAAGAAGAGGAGUCAUUGUCAUCAAACAUUAUCAAGGCAUCUGUUUGUGAAUUGGAAACAGAGGAUUCUUUGUGUAAACCUAUCAUAAAUGUUAGUAGUCCAUCAGAUCAAGAAAGUUUAUCUCAGCCAUCCCUUAAUGGGCAAGGUACUUGUAAAGCCAAGAACAUUACUAGAAACUUGAUAUCUGACUCCUUAAUAUCGUCUGAUGAAGGGCCAGAUGAAGAACUAAAACGCAAGUUAGAAACUUCAGUUGAUUUAAUUGUAGCGUCCUUGAAAGACGAGUCGGAAAGUGAGAAUUUGUGUGAAUCUGAUAAAGAUUUAGCGAAGAAACCAGCAUUGGAGUCGACUCCACAGUUGGAAAUUUUACCCUCUACCAAACCACCUUCAGACAUUAUAUGCACUUGUGCAUCUUCUGGUAGUGCAACCAGUGAUUCCUUAAUAACUACAACAGCCAUAGUGAACAAAAAUAGUGUUAGUCAGGAUCACGAGCAAAAAGCUACUAGUGUUAUACGAACAAUUGAUAAUAGUUUAAGUGUAAUUGCUAGCAAUUAUGAUUCAACCAUUGAGAGUGGCACUGGGGGCCAAAAUCUUAACAAUGUUGUGGUGAGCAGCACUGCUGCAGUUUGUGGCUCAGUUGAUACAAUUAGUAUAGUGACGACUGUAACAAGUGUAACCAGUGUAAACAGUGUAUCUGUAGUUACGGGCACCACCAGUGCCAUUGUUAGUGCACCUCAUGUCAUUGGAAUUUCAAAACCUCUGGAGAACAGCAAACUGAACAUUAGCAAUAGUAGUGUUGCAGGCUGCUUUAGUAGUAGUAUUAGUGAUAGUCAUAGCAACAGUCGUGGUUGUGCCGAGGUGGCGGGCGUGGUGAGCGGGCGGGCAGUUACCAUCACAGCUACAAGUGGGCCGGGGCCCACUUGCAACACGCGUGUGGCCUCGCCACCUUCGGUCAGCAUCACGGCAGUGGUGCGCAGUCCUGCCCACCUCCAGCCCGCCAACCCUGAUCCUGCCCAUCCUGCCCCGCAUCACCAUGACGGGGCACCUAACACAUCCCUUCAUCACCAGCUUCAGCCGGCCAGUCAUCAUCAUUACCAACAUCAUCAGCAAAUACAGCAGCAUCAGUCUCAGCAGCUUACCACUGCAUCAGCAGCCUCCAGGAUGGAUCACUGUGACGGCUCUAGUGACUCUGGUGUGAGUGUAACUGAGCGUUCUGUAUCACGCUCAUCUGUGCUCAGUGAUGACAGGUCGUCUUCAGCUGAAGUGAAGCCCAAUACACCAACUCCUAUAACUCCAGGUCAGAUUAAACCUUCACAACCGGCACUCUCGUUGGAUCGUAAGGAACCCAUACGUGUUUAUAGAGAUCCAUCUCUCUUAUCCCAGUCUGAGCACUCUGUACGGCACAUUCAUUCGGUGCAGCAUACCAGUAUGUCACAACAUUAUCCAGGGGUGCCACCCCCUCACCAUGCAGCUUCAGGAGCAGCUCCGGGUUCAGGGGCAUCACAUGGCCCUAGCCAUCAUGGAGCACAUGGUCAGCCUCCUGUAUCUUUACCACAUGGAUUACCCCCAAGUUUGUCCUAUACAACUCAUCACCCUGGUGCAACAGCGGGAGUACCAGCUCCCAUGCAUUUACCACACGGUCUCCAGCAGCCCAUUCCUCCUGGAUUGUAUCCACCCCUUUCACACGAUGUCUGGAAGCUAGGGCCAGUGCCUCCCAUUCCACCACAUGCAUAUGCAGGCCUUCUUAGUCACCACCCGGAAGAAAUUCUUCAGAUGGAACGAGCCCGAGAAAUGGAUCGGGAGCGUGCCGAGCGUGCCGAGAGGGAUAGGAUUUUGAGGGAAAGGCGUGAGGCAGAAGCCAGGGAAAAAGAAAGGGCUGUUAAGGAGAAGAUGGAACGUGAUAAAAUAGAGAGAGAACGAAGGGAACGGGAGGAAAGGGAAAGAAGAGAAAAGGAAAGGCGAGAACGAGAGGAGAAAGAGCGACAGCAGUAUCAAGUUGAUCAGCACUUCAACAAAUCUUUUCGGUUGGCGCAGCAAAAGCAUGGUGGAGAGAACGUGCGUCAUUUGCCAGCCGACCACCUCAACCAGGCUUAUUACGUCCACGGCCUGACCAACCAUCAUCCCUCCAACCACCCAUCUCACAACCACUCCCUUCUUAUGACACAACAUAGUAAAGCCUACCAGGCUCAAGCUCAUGCUCAGAAGGUGGCAGGAUGGAAUCCAUUAGGAAUGGGAAAACCUGAAAGGGGCAUUGAUACUCUAGACGAGCGUCGUAUUCUAGAUCAGAGGCAUGAGGAACCAGCUUUGCGUCAUGUUCGUGAGCCAGAAAAGAUGGUGCAGGAAAGCAUAUACAAAGCUUUCCGUGACACUAAUACAGACAGAGGCAGAUAUCCUCCACCAGCACAUACAAGCAGUAAACCUCCUAGUGAAAAGGUAGCAGUGUCUGCAGGAUUACCGAAAAUUGCAGAGCCAAGCUUUAACCUCAGUUAUCCUUCAAAUUAUAUCACCAAAGAAGCCAAGCUUCCCCAUUCUACAGAGAGACUCCCUUAUAAACAGUACCCAGAUCAUCGUGAUAAGGGGUCUGUAAUUAUUCAACCAGAAAUCAAAUAUGAAAAAGCCCCACCACCUCAUUCUGUUAGUCCCAAACCCCGACCACCAGAAAGGUCUAGUCCAUUCCCACCUGUCUCAGCGUACAAAACCCAUGACCCAUCCUCAUCCAUGCACAGAAGUAGUACCUCGCAUCAUUCUUCUUCUCUGCCCCAUAGCAUAGAUCAGACAAAAACUCGACAACCUCAGUCCUCACCACAUUCUACACCCUCACCUGCUCAUCCUGAUUAUUGUUAUCCUGCUGUAGCAAAACCUCCUCCAACUACGUAUCCUUCCAAUUUUAUUAAUGCAGGGCUGGUUCCCAAUCCAAUGCAUGUGUCAUCAGUUUCUGCUAAAACAAAAGUCAGUUCACCCCCACCGCAAAUGUAUGGGAAACCUGGUAUAACUACGGGUACUCCAGUGUGCCGUGUUGAUUCAAGGCCUUCUCAACCUAUUCCUUUAACUAGUAAACCUUCUGUUGGUGUUCCCCCUCCUGCUCACUCGGGGAGAGGAUCUCAUGGUGAAACUAGACCUCCUAUGCCUUCUCAUGAGCAGAGAACACCAUCAUCUAUGGACAGAGGAGUACCAUUUGAUGCUCGUAUUUAUCCGCCCACAGUACCUUCUCCGCAUCAUAAGCAUGUCGUAGCUCCUGGUCCUCCCCCUCCUACAAGGAUGCCACCCGUUUCCUCGCCACAUGUGGCAACCCCUCACAUUCCUCCACAUCCGUCACCUCAUCCUUCUCCACAGCCGACUCAAACACAACCUCUAGAUCUAGGAACUAGAGAAGACACAGCCUCUCCAAGUAAGAGACGUACCCAGACACCUACUCCUCAAGAUCCAAAGAAGCCUCGGUAUGAAACGAGCAACACACAACCACUGUUAGCCCGGGUUUCUGAGCCAAGUCCAUUGUAUCCAACAGCUGCUACAACCAUAACUACCGUCGAAAACACAGUGGCAUUGGCAGCAAACCUUUCAAGAGUAUCAAGCCCAGCUUCUCGUCCGCCCAGCCAUCCUCCAGCCGCCACUACGCCAACACUCCAACGAACAGAAAAUAGUUCUUCACCGGGAGCUAAUAAAAUGACAGAGCCCGAGAAAUCAUGUAGUCCAGGUCCUGCUGGUGGCUAUGUGCACAAACUCAAAAAAGCUUGGCUUCAGAGACAUGAGAGUGGUGUGGAGAUUAUUCCUGCAACAACCAGUACAUCUUCGCCAGGUCUUUCAACUAGAGUAGCAACACCUCCUCCAGCUAGUAGUAGUACACCUGCAUCUUCAAAACCAACUGCCACCACCACUUCAGCUGCAACGGUCAAGUCAGAACCAAAACUCAUUGCGAGGAAGCCAAGGGUAGCCAAUAACAUACCUAAUGGGCAUAGGGAAGAUGUUAAAGACGGGGACUCCAGCUCAACAGAUUCAGAAGGGAGUACAACUCAAAAGUCAAAAAGGGGUACAAAGGGAAAGAGAAAAGUGAACAUUGCCAAAAAAGGUAGUGAUAGUAACAGUGAUAGUGAUAAAGAUAGUGAUGCAAGUGAAACUGCAAAAAAUCCGGGACGGUUAUUGAAUAAAGUGGAUUCUGAACCCAAAAAAAAGCGGGGAAGGAAACCAAAAACAAAUCAAGAGAAAGAAGAAGGUCCAAAGCCAAAAAAAUCCAAAGAGGAGCCCCCACAAAAUGAUCCUCUUCAGAAACCUCCUGUGUCUCAGCUCAAGAAAACAGGUGAGAGCUUCUUGCAAGAUGGAUCAUGUUAUGAGGUGGCUCCCAAACUGCCUAAAUGCCGUGAGUGCCGUUGGACUGCUCAUCAGAGAAAUAAAAAGAUGCCUAAUAUAUUCUGCCGAUUUUAUGCUUUUCGUCGGCUUCGUUAUACAAAAAAUGGGCAGCUUGCAGUUGCAGGAUUUUCUGAUCCUAUAAAAGAUGUUUCGGCAGAGGAUUUGAAACUUUGGGUUCCAGAUGUCGAUAAACCUCCUGAAGAUCUCGAUGUCGAUACAAGCAAGUUUUUGUUAACUCAUGUUGGAGAUCAGUUCUGUGACCUUGUCGAGCAAGAAAAGGAAGCAAUGGCUCUACAUAUGGGUGAUGAAAAUGUUGUGGCGUGGAAGCGUGUGGUCCAGGGCGUAAGAGAGAUGUGUGAUGUUUGUGAAACAACUUUGUUCAAUAUCCAUUGGGCAUGUAGUAAAUGUGGCUUUGUGGUUUGCAUAGACUGCUAUAAAGGACGGAAGAAUGGAACAGUGAAAGUGUGGGAUGAGGGUGGUAGUAAAGAUCGUGAUGAAUACUCUUGGCUCUUGUGUGCUACAAGACUUCCACAUGAACAGGAUAAACUUAUGCUAACUCAGAUUAUUUCUGGUAAUGCUUUGCUUGAUCUUGGAAGUAAAGUGCAUGAGGUGCGACACCAGUGGAAUAUCCCUCAGUAUUGUGAUUGUCCAGAGGCUAGAAAGUACAAAGACCAAGCACCCCAAGAUGACAAAAAGAAAGUCAAUGGGGUCAAUAAAGAUCUGCUCAAGAAUAUGAAAAAGGAAUCCAAGGAUCAGUUAGUUAAUGGAACUGUUAAGCAAGAAAAAAGUGACAAGUCUAACUGUAAGGAUGAAGAGAUGUCCAAUUCCCCACUCAACUUCUUUGCAGAUGUUGUUUUGUCCAGCGAUAAAAGGGAGAGUGAGAGCUCUGAUUCAGAUUCAGAUUCUGAUUCUGAUGACAAAGAAGGCAACUUUUCAACUUUGCGUGAACUUCUAAUCCGGCCCAAUGCUAAACCUAAUGGUACCAAGGAUGAGACGGGAGGUAAUACAAAGCCUAGUAAGGAUAGUACCAAAAAGAAACCGAAGCUGGAGACUGUGGAUGAUGUGAUAUCUUGUGUUAUUGAGCAUAGUCCCGAUAAGGAUGAUGCUAAAGAUAAUAACCAGGUGGUGCUCAAACAUUUCAUUAGAAAGUACAACUAUGGGCCUCGAGGCAGAGACCCUCUACCGAUACGAAUCAUGACAAAAACCGAAAGCAGUAUGCUAUACCCAGGGGUAGCGCAUUCAUGGUUGUGUGAUGGUAAACUUCUGAGGUUGCUUGAUCCUCUGGCACCCAAUAACACGUCCUUGUUCCAGGAUCAGUGGAAACGGGGUCAACCUGUUCUAAUAUCUGGUGUUGGGCAGAAGCUUAAUAUGGAUCUUUGGAAGCCGCAGUCAUUUUCUAAAGAUUAUGGAGAUAUUAAGAAUGACCUCAUUAACUGCCUUACAGGAAACAUAGUUCCCAAUCAGCCAAUGAAGAAAUUUUGGGAUGGCUUUGAACACUAUGGAAAGAGGUUAAAAGAUGAAAAGGGCCAGCCAAUGGUACUCAAACUGAAAGAUUGGCCUCCCGGUGAUGAUUUUGCUGAAAUGUUACCCAGCAGGUAUGACGACCUGAUAAGUGUCUUACCAAUGGGUGAAUAUACCAGAAGAAAUGGACGUUUAAAUCUUGCAGGUCGUCUCCCUGAAUGUUUUGUACGUCCUGAUCUGGGACCAAAAAUGUAUAUAGCGUAUGGGUCGGCAAUACAUCCAAGCAGAGCUUCCACCAAUCUACAUUUGGACAUCUCUGAUGCUGUAAAUGUUAUGUGUUAUGUUGGAAUUCCCAAAGAUGCUGACUAUGAAGAACACAUUAAGGAAGCACUAAAGGCAAUAGAUGAGGCUGGCUGUGACAUAUUAACAAGGAGAAGAGUACGUGAGAAGGAUGAGGUACCAGGAGCAUUGUGGCACAUUUAUCAUGCUCGAGAUGCUGACAAAAUUCGUGACUUGCUCAAUAAAGUAGCUAUUGAACGUGGUGAUAAGCUUGAGCCUCAUCAUGAUCCAAUUCAUGACCAGUCUUGGUACCUGGAUGGCCAUCUGCGGGAUAGGUUGUAUAAGGAAUAUGGUGUCGAAGGCUAUGCUAUUAUUCAGUGUUUUGGUGAUGCUGUCUUCAUUCCAGCUGGAGCUCCACAUCAGGUACGUAAUCUGCACAAUUGUGUAAAAGUGGCGGAAGACUUUGUUUCUCCUGAAAACAUAGCUUAUUGCUUCCAUUUGACGCAGGAAUUCCGUCAUUUAAGUGACACACACACAAAUCAUGAGGACAAACUUCAAAUUAAGAAUAUUAUUUAUCAUGAUAUGAAAGAUUCAUUAGCUUGUUUAAUGGCUACAAGCAAAAAACUGCAGAUGAAGACAGAAGUGAAAGAGGAAGUUGAGAAAACAGUGAAAAAGGAACCUGAGUCAUGAAAGUAGCUCAAAUAACUAGUGUGGAAUCCAUGAUUCUAUUGAAAAUGUGCAUAUUAUGUGAUGGAAAUUGCAACAAGUGAACUACUGAAACAGACUUUUGCUUCGGUGGUCACAAAACUUUAUUUUAUAUAUAAACAAUUUUCCUAAUUUUGAGUGCAAAUAAGUCUAUUCCACUUACAAUGUAUAGCAGAAGGGUCAGUAAUCUGUAUGGAACAGUCCAUUUUCUUUUCAGUGUUGAUUAACAAGGUCAUAACUUAGUAGAGAUGAUGUAAUUAUUUAUUAAUCUUAUGUACUAAUCACAGUGGACCAGGGUUAUGAACCCCUGACUUUAACUUGUGUAUCCACGGUGUACUUAAAGGUGAUGAUGCGAUAUUUGUGCACAGUAGUGUAUGCCUUCUGAAGAAAUAACCAGUGAGCAGGCACCUUGUGCUGUACUAUGAAAUGUGUGCUUUUGUGCAAGGAGUAGUAGUCCAAUUGCUACUUGUGUGGAGGGGAUGUCGGUGAAAAUAUGAGGGGGUUUAGCAGUUACUGCUCCUUUCUUCCAGGCUCAUUAUUUUUUUCAAGCUCUAAAGAAGGUUUAAAAUACUUUUUGUGUUGCACAUGUAGAUAUGAGACACCGGUACACAGAGCAAUGGCCUCUGUUAUUAAAAUGAGGCUGAAGCCUCAGUAACUCCAUACAGAUGGGACUAUACCCCAGCGCUAUAUAACCAGUGGUUUAGUGAUGAUUGGGGCAGGGGGUUCCUUGUGGAAUGGGGAGGGGGAUCAUGGCUGUGCCUCAGUGACAUUUACCAAACCCCACAACGACCCUCAGCCCCCUCCCCCAUUGCUGCUGCCAUUCCAACCCCUCCCCACCGCCCUGCCCUCUUUCCACCACUUGAAUUUUCAUUUUGUACAUUGAUCUCAUUGUUGGUGUAAAUGUGAGUAGUUUUGAGGGAUGGAUGUUUCUUGUAGUGUGUUUCUCACAUGUCAUGUUGUUAUAUUUGUUUAAAUAUUGAAAUGUGUUUUCUUUAAGAAAAAUACAAAACACAAGUGAUAGGCAUGUUGUUGCCAUUGAUCUUUCUUUUGGAAUUUAAACUAAAGGGAGAAAAUAAUUUAUUUGCUUUUUUCAACUGUGGGCGGAUGUAGAAAAUGUACAUUGAUGUAGCCUGUAGUAUGCGAUGGGUGAUGAACGCCCUUAAAGACUGCCCCCUCACCAGGAGGAUGCAACUCUACUACUUUUUUGUACUGUCAAAUAUGUAAACAGAUCACAAUUUGAAUAGGAAAAUUGAUGCCAUGA